UAGUCAUUGACAUAGCAUUGAUGAUGUCGGACGUCUAAGACGGUGUGAGCAUUUCUGAAAUGGCGAUCGCCCGAAAAUUUAUUCAUAUUAUCACAACUUUUCUUCUAUUAGACAUAUCCUCUGAACACAGGGUAGUCGAUACGUUUGGCUCGAAGUUUUUCCAACUACCUGGGUGUUCAGUUGACAAAGCGAGGCCUGCACUUAACACCAAACAGUUUCGAGUUGAUAGCGAUUUUGAUUGUGCAAGGACGUGUUUGUGGCUCUUUGAAGACAACUGUAGAUGGAUGAACUACAUUGAGCCAGAAAAAGUUGCUGGGGAAAACUGUGAACUUGGAACAGCUCCGGUCACUGCCACGUGUUCAGAUUUGGUCCUUCGAACUGGAUACCACUAUCACGAAAAGGGUGACUUCUGUUUAAAUGGCAGUACCCUCGACAAAAAGACGCUACAAUGCACCUGCAACCCUGGAUGGACCGGUCAAAGAUGCAGCCAUCGAGCAUAUGACUGCUCCGAUCAUUACUACGCCCAUAUGUGGAGCUUGACGAGUAAUUUGGUCCUAGACAUUCAACCGAGAGACUCCGCUUCGACCUUCAAGGUCAAUUGUGACCUGACCAAAUCAUACAACCAAGGUCGUCCAGGCGGCUACACCUGCAUCCAGAGGCAGGGUUGGGUCAUGAAUGGGAUAAAUUUCGACCGGACUUGGGCUGAGUACCGUGACGGCUUCGGUGAUCUCUGGUGGGAUUUCUGGGCAGGCAACACAAAAAUCCAUGAAAUCACGAUGAAGAACUCCCCACGCAAAUAUAGGCUGAGGGUGAACUUAAGGGGAAAUUCAAAUAAUUCCGUUUGGGCAUUUUACAAUGAUUUCAAAGUCAAUAGCGAGGCGGAGAAAUAUCGCGUGACCUUGACACCAGAUAGCUACAACAGUCUAAGAUGGCACGGCGACGCCAUCAUGCCUGGCCAAGCAGAUGUUGACAUGACCAACAAUGAGUUCUCAACACCCGACAAUGAUAAUGAUGGGAAUCCGACAGAGAACUGCGCUCUCGGCCGUAAAGCUGGCUGGUGGUAUGGUUCAGGGUGUACAAACGCCAACCUGAACGCUCCAUUCUACAACAAAACGGCUUGGAAUGGUCUUAGCUGGCCGCAGAUCACUUGGGGGACGGUUACAAACAUCAGUCAAGGUUUUCGUUUGGUCAGAAUGUGCUUGCAACCUUACGAUGUUGAAUUAUAUGAUAAGAUACUUUUGAUUUACUAGCUACGUCAUGAAAGAGGUGUCGAAUUGUUCAAGAUUAGUAAAAAGAAGUAUAAUAUGAAUUUAGCACGGUACUGAAGCACACUUGUUCAGCUUUAUCGCAGGUGGCAGCGACAAAAAUCGUUCUUUUGCAGGCUGGUGGCACUAAGUAUUUUAUCUAACUUUUGAUUUAAAAGAUAUGCCUAUAAAAGAUACAAGGACAUUCAUUUUUUGACACACAAAUAUCUUGAUUUUUCCAUGACUAGCGAAGACAAUGGGUUAUACAUGCUUCCCGAAAUUGGUGGCUUGCAUUGGAACUAACUUUUUCCCCCUUGUCCGUCAUUAAAGGCAUUCAAGUGUGUUGGUCAACCAUGACUAUCCCCAUUGUCCCUCCACCAUAAGGCCUACUUUUCCCUUAUGACAUCACUAUUUCGGACACUCAGCGCCCCAUUUCUGGAAAGGUGUACAGGAGUCGUACCAUGUUGUUACGGCAUAUUAGAUGAUAUAAA